GAGGUGCAAGCACCUUACUCCUAUCAAAAUGAGAAGGAGCAAGCGGAAACUUUGAAUAACAACCAACCAGGUCACUUUUUUUUGUUUCUGCGGUCAAACAUUGACACCUUCAACUUAUUGGAUAACACAGUAUUUAACCACUAGCUAAUUGUUUUGUGGCGAAGAAGACAGAAGUAAGCCAUGAAUUACUUAGCCAUUGUGGGUGUAUUACUACUUGCUUGGACUUUGUUUCAAUGCAUUUCUUGCCUUUUAGUAACCAACAGAAGUAACAAAAAACUUCCACCAGGUCCAAUUCCCCUACCAUUGAUCGGAAAUCUUCACAACAUUCUUGGUGGUCAACCCCAUCAGUCCCUGGCGAAGCUAGCUGACAAAUUUGGCCCAAUAAUCAGCCUCAAAUUAGGCCAAAUAACGACGGUGGUAAUAUCUUCAUCAGCCGUGGCAAAAGAAAUUAUUCAAAAGCAAGACUUGGCCUUUAGCAGUAGAACAAUUCCAGAUGCAAUCCAUGCCAUUAAUCAAUAUCAAUUCUCUGUUAUAUGGCUGCCUGUUGAUACACGGUGGAGAAGCCUCCGGAAAAUUAUGAAUACUUAUAUCUUCUCCGGCAACAAGCUUGACGCAAAUCAGCAUCUCAGGUCUCAAAAGAUCCAAGAUUUAAUAGCUUAUUGCCAUCGGUGUAGCCAAACAAGGGACGCAGUGAGUAUAGGCCAAGUUGCUUUUGAGACCUCUAUGAAUAUACUUUCAAGUAUAAUUUUUUCCAAGGAUGUAGUGGAUCAUUAUGCAAAUUUAGGUAAAGAAUUCAAGGAUUUGGUGUGCAAAAUAUCGGAAGAAUCUGGUAAACCCAACUUGGCUGAUUAUUAUCCCGUGCUGAAAAGGAUAGAUCCGCAAGGAAUAAGGCGACGCUUAAGCAAGCAUUUGAAUAUAUUGUUGGAGCAGAUUGAGGGAUUGAUUGAUGAACGGUUGGAGCAAAGGAGGAAAUCGUCAACUAGUAAUAGCACAGAUGUUCUUGAUGUUUUGUUAAAUAUUAGCCAAGAAGAUCCACAGGCUAUUGACAGAAAUCACAUAGAACGGUUAUGUUUGGACCUUUUCAUUGCUGGAACUGAUACAACUUCCAAUACAUUAGAAUGGGCAAUGGUAGAGAUCAUGAGAAAACCAUACAUAAUGGACAAAGCUAAAGCCGAGCUUGCUGAAGUUAUUGGCAAAGGCAAGGUAAUAGAAGAAGCCGAUGUUAUUCAUCUCCCUUAUUUGCAGUGCAUAGUUAAAGAAACCUUGCGAAUACAUCCAACAGUUCCCCUUUUGAUUCGCAAGGUAGAUCAAAACGUUGAGGCAUGUGGCUAUUUUAUUCCAAAAGACUCUCAAGUCAUAGUGCACCUAUGGUCAAUUGGUCGCGACCCAACUAUAUGGGAAGAGCCUUUAGUAUUUAAGCCUGAGAGGUUUUGGGGUUCGAAAAUAGACGUUCGUGGCCAGGAUUUUGAACUCAUUCCUUUUGGUGUUGGUCGGAGAAUUUGCCCGGGGUUACCUUUGGCAGCCAGGACAUUGUCUGUAAUGUUGGGUUCAUUGUUGAAUUCAUUUGAUUGGAAAGCUGAAGGGGAUAUUGCACCAGAACAUUUUGAUGUGGAAGAAAAGUUUGGCCUUACACUGGCAAGAUCAAUUCCUUUACGAGUUAUCCCUAUUCCACUAUAGUUGGCCAUUUAAUAACAACAACAACAACAUACUUAAUAUAGUCCCACAAAGUAAGGUUUUGGGAGGUCAAUAUGUGUGCAGAACUUACCCCCUAUCUUGAAAGGUAGAAAGGCUAUUUUCGAAAGACCUCGACUCGAGAAAUUAGCCAUUUAAUAACAUUAUUAUAUAUUGACAAGCCAACAACCACAACUAUAAAAUCGGAAGUCUUGAUGUUAUGUCUUAGUCAUGAAUAAUGAAGUUGCAAAUGUUACUAUAUUAGUUUUAGAUUUGUGUGUGCAAACUUCCUUAGCACAUACCUUAUUUUUUGUACUUGUAUACUCUUGUAUAAGUAUAAUGAAAGAGGUUCGUAUUAUCAUGGUA